AUGUUGGUGGCAUUUCUAACCCCAGAUGACCUGGGGAAGGAGGGUUCGUUCGUGGUGAGACGACGUCCGGAUGGGGUUUGGAUCAAUCCAUACACCCAGCAGGUGUUCAGAGUGACCUGCCCGCAUGUGGAUUUGCUGGUAUCGCUGCACCUGUUUCGUGUUGUGAAAGUUUCCAAAGCUGGUGUCGUUUCGCUUUCAGAGACCCCCAAUUCAUGGAUGGUACCACAUCGAGAGUCUGGAACUGCUGCUCCUUUGCGCUUUCUGGAGAUCUUUUCGGGCCUUGGUGGCACUACUCUAGGCUUUGCUGCUGCAGGAUUUGAACCGCUUCUUGCACUGGAUCACAAGUCCAUUGCUAUCGAGAGCCUUGGCAGGAAUCGACAUGUUCAUCCGAUGCUUGGCGAUGUGGGGCCGCGGCAGGAUUGGCUGAGAAUCCACUUAGCCAUAGAAGGGAGCGUUGGUGGGCAAUUCUUGCUCCUGCUGAUCUUCCUCUACCUGAUCUUUGUGAUCUUGACGUUAGAGGAGUUGGACCUCAAGUUGAAGCCCAUGGAACGGCAGGUCUUUGCUGAUGAGACUUUCGGAGACACCAAUCGGCAUCUCAACAUGAAUGGCAUUUGUCCUACGCUGUUGCAUUCCAUGGGCCAUCAGGUCUUGGAUUGCAGCUGUGGAUGCCGUGGACCACUCUCUUAUGAGCUUCUUCAAUCUCAAGGCCUGCAUGGUGUUCUUAUGAGAUCGCAGUGGGAGAAUGUGGAAGAUCGGCGCCUUCACCCUUUGGAGGCUGCGCUACUUCUUGGUCUACCAGGUUCUUGGGAGUAUGCUCGUCCUACUCGCACGGACUUACCAUUGCUUGGGCAAAUUGCAUCACCUAUUCAGGCUUUUUGGAUUGCACAGCAUCUCCUUCGGGCCUUUCAGAUGCUCUCUACAUCCAAAGACCAGGCUCCAAGAUCCUUCCUUGACCACAUCCUUUGUACGCAUCAUCAGCGAUGGCCUGAACGGGGCAUGUUUAGAACCCGUGAGAUCAGCAUUCUGUAUGAGGAUGAGCCUGAUGCUACCUUUGUCGCUCGCAGUCCUGUGCAGGUUCAAGAUCUUCUCCUUGCUGAAACGCGUUUCAUUGGGGUUUCCAGCUUCCAGCUCUUUGACGGGGACGUUUUGAUGCAUCCCCAGGAGCUGAUUCGUGGCACUCGUCUCCAUGCUCGAGUUGGUAAUGGUCCCGUUUUGGAGGCCGGUUGCUCUACUUUGUGGGUCAAUAAGGGCCUUGACGAUCCGACAAUGACCUCGCAAGGGCAGUCUAUCUUUGCUCGACAUGCAAGACCUGCGGAUGUCUUCUGGGGCCCUCGUCACGUGGGUUGCUUGCUUGACUCCUAUGUUGCAGGUGCACUAUGUGAGAUCCGGGCACGCUCGGCUGACCCUGCAGCCCAGCAUUAUGGCAUCUUGUGGACCAACUACCACUGGCAGCUCUUUUGCUUUCAUCGCUCUGGGGAUUGUCUUCAGGCCACUUGCUAUGAUGGAUGUGAUGAGCCCAACACGUUUGAUCUUGAGCUGCUUUGCAACCGUUUCAUGCUUGCUUGGGGAUGCACUUCCUAUGAGCUGGCUGUGGUGACUCGCAUUCGGCAAACUUAUGGUACCCAUUGUGGUGCCAUUGCACUUGGGCGUCUUCUUCUAGUCCUGUGA